AUGGGGUCCUGGCUGCUCGGUCUGUGGAGUAUCCUGUCCGCAGUCCUCAGUAUGAUGCUGGAUGUUGCGCAAUUCUGGAGACAGAAAUUGUACUCAUGGUGGGUAUCCAAGUCCCCGAAAGAACAGCUCCUGCACAGCCUGGCCACGGCGCAGUCCUAUGAGGAGUGGGAGGAGGCUGCGUUUGAGCUGGACGAGCUCCUGAGCAACGACUUAUGGCGUCAGAAUUCCAUGAGUCGACACUAUGACUACCGGCUCAUCCUCGGGCGGCUGGAGGCAUUGAUGAGUGCGCGCGAGAGCGAGGACAUCCUCACGCUGGUCAAUCUCCUUCGCUCCGGUCUGGUGCGCAAUCUGGGCAACAUCGCAACCACUAAGCUAUACACCCAUGCAUAUGCCGGGACGAAGCUUCUGAUUGACGACUACAUCACGCAAGUCGCCCUGUCCAUCCAGUACGUGGCCUCCUUGCAGCCGGCUCCAAUGCAGACGAGCGGGUUCACGUCACAGGCUAAGCUGGAGUUACUUCACGAUACCCGCCAAGCUUUUGGACGCACGACGCUGCUGCUACAGGGCGGGUCGGCUUUUGGGCUGUGCCAUUUGGGCGUUGUCAAGGCGUUGCAUCUACAGGGCCUUCUGCCCCGCAUUAUCACUGGCACGACGACUGGGGCUAUGAUUGCAGCACUGGUGGGUAUCCAUCCAGAGAGUGAAUUGCUGGCGCUGUUGGAAGGGGACACUAUUGAUUUGUCUACUUUUCAUCAACGGCGCAAAGAUCGUGCCGAUGAGAGCUGGGGGUGGACUUUCUUCCGGCGGAUGCAGCGAUUCCUUUGGAAGGGCCAUCUCUUUGAUAUGGAAUUGCUGGAGGAGUGUGUUCGAGUUAAUGUGGGCGACUUGACCUUUGAAGAGGCAUAUGCCCGGUCCAAGCGUAUCUUGAAUAUCACGAUUGCCACGGCGGGUAAGACCGGUUCUCCGAAUCUGCUCAAUUAUUUGACUGCUCCGAACGUGUUGAUCUGGUCCGCUGCCGCGGCUUCCAAUGCCUCGUCCGUGGCGGCACUUUCCUCCCCAGUCACAAUCUACUGCAAAGACGAAACCGGCUCAAUCGUCCCCUGGCCGCUCACAAAGGAGGCAGUCUUCCGACCCUGGAGACAUGUCAAUUAUAACGACGGCGAAUCCCCUCUCUCCCGAAUCGCAGAACUUUUCAACGUAAACCACUUCGUCGUCUCCCAAGCACGUCCCUACCUCAUUCCCUUCCUGCGAUCCGAGCUCAACCUCCUCGACCGCCGCCAAACCGGCUGGAACCACCUCUCUCGUUCGCUGAUGCGGUUAGUACUAGUCGAACUCCGCCACCGACUCCGCCAACUUGAUUACAUCGGCGUUCUCCCGAACUCUCUGAGCCGCCUCCUCAUCGAUGAAACCAUCCCCGGCCCCAACCUCACCCUUGUCCCAGACCUCUCCUUCUCUGAUCUAGCCAAGCUCUUCCAGCAACCGACCCGCGCCCGCGUGGCGGACUGGGCGCUGAAGGGUGAGCGAGGCGUAUGGCCCGCGAUCAGUGCCUUGAAAGUCCGUGAGGCAAUCGAAAUCGAGCUGGACCGUGGGUACCAGCUUGUUCGCCGCCGCCGACCAAGUGACCAGUCUCUUCCGGCCCCACGCCUUUACCCUCAUGAGCGUGUUGCGCUUCAGCGACGUGGCGGGAGUGAGAUCGAUUUUGAGAAUGGGACUCUUGCUGCAGAGUAA